AUGUUAUCAUGUCUCGCCCGACCACGUCUGGGGCGUGUGACCAACUUCAUGGCGCGGACACAGACCAAACGUUCCUUCUUAUGGAAGAGAUGGCCUUCAAAUUCUCAAACUUACAUUGCAGCUGCCGCUUUGAUCAACAUGCCCGGCCUGUGA